AUGAUGACAUUUUUUCGAAUGCUGAAUCCGAAUGAUGCGGACGAUUCGGAUAGUUCGACAGAAGAUGAAUCAUCUAUUAAAAUUAUUGUGCCAAGACCAAAAAGAUCAGCAACAGCAUCGCCAAGUACAAGAAAUUCGAUGACAAUUGGAAUGAGAAGAAGGAGCGAUGCUAAUUUGAACUUUUUUAAUGAAAGAGAACGACAAAGAGAGAGACGAAGGAGUAUGGUAAGUUGAAGACUCAUAGAUUAGCCAUGAGUUGGAAACCCAGACAUCUUAGAAGUGCUCUAAAUUCCAAGAAUUUUAUAAGAUCCAAGAUUCCGUGGCUAAUCUCUGACAACAAAAAAUAAAAUUCCAGAUGUUUCAGUUUCAUUAUUUAUAAAUUGUUUUCAGGUUCGAGCCAGCCGUGAGAGAUCAGAAUCUCGAAGAAUGUCUCAGCAAAAUCUGAGAAAAACUAAUUCUGAACCGAAUGUUGAUAUGGUGAGUUUCAUUUCAAAUCUGAAUUACCACAAAGAUUUUUUAGAUUGAUGUUGAAAAACUGCAUAAACUUCUUCUCGCGUUGCCAAAAUUUGCUUCGUCGCGAGCACAUUUGGUGAGUUAUCCUAACUUUAGAAAACUUAUCAUAAAUGAAAAAUAUAUAUUUUUUAGCAACGCCACGAUUCAGAUUCUGGUAGUGAAAUGACGACAGAAAUUGAAGAAUUGAAAGAUGCUGCAAAAAGUAUUCAAUCCCUCCAACGAGUUCUCGCAUAUCCAUCACAACAUUCAUCAGAUCGUGGUGUUUAUUCGGAUGUUGAAAGUCUUGCAACAACAGAUACAGCAACAACCGAUGGAGGAAGACGUCGAUCAGGAAUAUCGACUCGAUUAGGACAUCCACGUGGAGUUAUGCAAUUUAUGCGACCAGAUCAAGCUGAACUUCGAAAAACAAGUGUGCCAGAUGGGCUUAUGAAUGGGAAUGUUAGUGGAAGUAGUGGAGGAGCAGAAGAUUCGGUAUUUUCAAGAGCACGUCGACGUGGAAUUGUUGAUGAAAUGUUUACGUCAACUUCGGCUAACUCUUUGAUGGUUGACAGACCUUCCGAAACAUUGGCAGGAGUUAGCAGAUUCUCGAAAUUAUUGGAUAGUUUUCGAAGUCGACCAACAUCUCCAGAACAACCAUCCGUCUCAUGGUUAGUACUUUUUUUUCGAAUUUAUGAAUUCUAGAGUGGAGUUCUAAAUAGAUGAACUUAAACUAGGGUCAUCCAUAAGAUCAUUAGUGUUAUUCUUAGUCUUCGAAGAAUUUUUCAUGAAAAUCGGAAUUAAGAAAGAAUUUAUGUACUUGUGAGUUACAGGAAUCCCUAUGUGUAUUCGGAUGGCGGAGAAGCUUUGGAAACUUGUGGAAUGGAAGAUUCACUUCACGAAGCCGAUGUUUUAUUAUGGAAAAAGCGAAGUAGAGCGAGUUUGCGAAGGCAUUAUAGUGUUCGACAACUUGCUGCCAGAGAACUUAUGGACACUGAAAAAUCAUUUGUUGAAGGACUAGAAUUUCUGGUUACGGUAAGAGAGAAAGAUAAUACUAUUUUUCAAUUUCACAACCAAUUCAGAAAUAUAUGCGACCACUUCGUCAACCUCUUGAAUGCACAUUGAUUGAAGCGAGUCUAGUUGACAAGAUAUUUUAUCGAGUUCCCGAAAUUCUUGCGCAUCACCAGGUUCUUCUUGCUGCUCUCACACAACGAUUAGAACAUUGGCAUAAGGAUACAAUUAUUGGAGAUGUUUUAUUGGCACAUUUUUCGAAACAAUCAAUGAUUGAAACUUUUAUUGGAUUUGUUGAUAAUUUUAAGUUUGCGAAAUCUGCAAUUGCUCAGGCUAGGCAAAAACAUGCGUUUGAAAAAUAUUAUAAUGUAAGUUAAAUAUUGAAUAUACAUAUUUUGAAAAAAAAAAUCAUAUUUUUUAUAGCGAUGUUGUCGAGAUCAUUCGAAUAAAUUAGAUCUUGAUGCAUUAUUAAUUUCACCAAUUCAAAGAGUUCCAAGAUAUGAAUUAAUUGUGAAGCAGAUGUUGAAACAUACUCCAGUUGAACACGAAGAUCGAGAAAGACUUUUGCGAGCUCAGCGACAUAUUCAUUGUUUGGCAGUUGCUAUAAAUCAACAUAAAGAAGGAAGUGAGCAAAUGGAACAAAGAUUGAGAGAAAUUGAAGCAAUUGUUGAUGGAUUAGAUGAUGUUAGUUAGGCUAAGUUUUGAUCUAUCUAUAAUUAAUUCAUUUUCCAGUUGGUUUCGACUGAUCGAACACUUCUUCGUCAUGAUAUUAUAAAUAUUCAAGGAACUGAUCGAGAAAGAUGUAUAUUUAUGUUAUCUGAUAUGCUUUUAGUUACAAGUGUUCGAAAAACUCAAAAAUCAGCUCAAACUUCAAAAUUAUCUUCACACCCGAUGGAUUUCCUUGAGAAUAAUCGAUUCAAACUUCUCUAUAAAAUUGCGCUCGAUGAUGUUCAGAUUGCAAAAGACACUUUAUCACAGUUGGAACAAGUUGAACAAAAUCUAGAAGCUUCGCGAGAAGACGACAGGGUUCUCAAGAAAAUGACACAAUUAUCAAGUUUAUUGAAAUGUGA